AUGGCCGACCAGCAACAGCAGGCGAAAGGCAAGGGGGCGAAGGAAGUGGCUGAGGUCUACGUGGACCCGUUCGAACGGGACGAGCAGCUCAACAAAUUUGCUGCCGAUUAUGCCAGGUACAUAGAGAUGCCCGAAAGGGCCAAAGCUGAGAUGCAAUCGAUCGAACGAACAAUUGAGUCGAUGCUCACCCGGCUGGCAGAGCUCGAUGCGCUGGUCAACACGACGAGCCCAGAGAUCAACGCAACGGCAGACGCCGUGCUGCCGCUGCUGGCCGUGAAAACGAAACAGUUGGAGGCCAUCUUCUACAUGAUAGAGAAGCUCGAGACCUUCGUGCAGGCUGUAAAUAACUCGGUGGUGCAGAUGGAGGAGAGCGUGGACGAGAGCGAGCGACUGUUCAGCGAGGUGAACCCCACCUCGAUCACCAAGGCCCUGGGAUUCUUCAAGUGGCGUCCCACUGCGGUGGCACGCGAGCAGCACAAGGUGAUGCCGCCGUGGAAGCCGGUGCCCAUCGUAGACAGCGACGAGCUGCUUGCGCUCAAGACCAACCUCAACGCUCAGUUCAAUGACAUCGCCGCCGGGUCCAUGUACGCGCUGGAGUGA